AUGCUUACCAGCCAUUAGUUACUGCGAUUUGCGAACGUUUCUAAAGUGUGGCCAUAAGUAACAGAUAUUUUUAGUGUUUUUGAAAGUUAGUGCGGUAUCGGAAAUGGCAGAUGAAGAUGUGGUGGCGUAUUUGCAUACGUGGGGUUUGCCCCAGUAUGUCGACGUAUUCAAACAACAAAACGUAAAAAAGGACACUUUACCGUUCCUAACACCAGAAAUGGUAAAAGAACUAAUACCUUCAAUAGGCGACAGAGCCCAAUUUCAGGGGCAUUUGGAUCACUGGAAGAUGAUAAUUAACGAAAUUCCACAAUCGUCUCCAUUACCAGUUAUACCCGGUGCUGCCGAGAUUGCGAGUACCUCAUGGGCAACUGAGGAUUAUUUAUUAGAAGAUAUUAGUGGCAAUAAUAUACCUCUAUCUGGGGAACCAUUAAACCCUACCGAGCCAGAAGGGGCUAGGGAUCUUGGAGCGCUACAAGAACAAAGAGGAGUAAGUAUACAUUUUUAUGUAGGUAUUUAUUCUAUAUCGUUAUCACUUUAAGUACGUUAUACAGGGUGUUUUAACAAAAAAAGGUCCUAUAGAUAUUUUAUCCACGUGUAGUAGGUACUCAUGAAAAGAUGCCAAAAAGUCUUAAUAAACAUAGGUCCGCAAGCUAAUUAUUUCAGACAUAGAGUUGAUUUUGUGCCUUAAUUUAAAUAUUUCUGUUUCCCUACAUUUGACUUAAGUACUUAGAGCAUCUGCUUUAAACUUCUGCAGUACCUUUCCUACAACUUUUCUAAAUGUUCUUGUUUUUUACAAAAUACGUUAUACACCAUAUGGAAACGUUAACAACUUUGAAAUAAAAAAAAAAACUUAAUAACUCCGUAAAAACAAUUUUUGGUCGAUUUUGCACGAACUUUAUACUUUCCCAUCUUGGUUAAGGUUGGAUGAACGAAACCGAUUUUGUUUUCUGGUACUUCUAUUAGUUACUUAACACUCUUAUUUUUUAGCAUCUUUUCUCUUAUUAUACGAUAUAAAUGGUAAAAAAGCAUCAUUUUUAACAAUUUAUAUCUUAUAAUUAGAGAAAAAAUUUAAAAAAAUAAGUGUCAAGUCACUAACAAUACCUAUCAUUAGUCUGAAAAAAUAUCAGCUUAAUCCGUCCAACUAGGUAUAACCCUUUUUGAAAAUAGCAAGUUCGUGCAAAAUCGACCAAAACUUCGGCAUUUUUAAAAUAUUUUUUAAGAGUUAUUAUCAACGUUUUCAUUUGGCACAUUCCCGAGUAUUUACAUUUACAAAUUAUGUAUGUUUGUAAAUGCAAAUAGACACGAGAACUAUUUUCUUCCACUAGGUGACAAUCACACUUACUCCACCCGAAACUCUCAAGUGUUGACCGUCCCAGUCCAUUUUACAGCCAAAUAUGAAAGAAGUCCAUUAUACAAUUGUGUAAAGGCAUUUAAUGGACUUCCUUCAGAUAUUAGAAAAAUUAAAAAUAAAAAUAAAUUUAAAGCUGCACUUAAAAACUACCUAAUGGACCAAUGUUUUUACAAGGCAACUGACAUG